AUGGCAAGAACAACUAGGUCAAAGGCGAGUGCAUCGGCCGCCGCGACAUCAGAUACAAAAUCGACGACGACCUCUAGCACCAAAUCAAAAUAUGCAUUAUCUACAGAAUCCAUAAAUCCACCCAAGCUCUUCAUUCUACCUACUAGCGCUACCAAAGAUGCGAAAAUAGUCUCCCUAUUAAACCCAAGAUACUUAAAACCGACGAGAUAUCUAGUAUGCCCCGAGACUGGCAUAUACGAGCUCACCAGAAUUGCUGCGCCCAAGACGGCGCCCAGAAGCUGGUUGAUAGAAUGCGGUGAUACAGGCAAAGUGGAAGAGAAAACAAGCAAAGAUGGCGCUGAGCUUAGCGCUUAUAUCACUAAAGGUGCUGACUUAUACGUCGCGACCCUCAUUGAUCCUAUAUUCCUUCUCCUACCUGCAUUUGCAGACAAAUCCGCCAAUACCAAAGAUGGGAAGCAAAUGUUUGUAUCUAGCGACGAUUACCUCGACUCCAUACGCGACAAGUCCCCACAUCUAUCUGAGAUAUUGCGAUGGGGGAAUGUACGGACGUUACUAGAGUCGCGGAUGGCCGCAAUAUGCGAUACGGUAGAUGCAGGCAACGAGUCCAUGUUCCGUUUUAGCGAAGACAAGCUCUUAACCGAAGUGCUGGGCAAGGCGCAGAAGAUGAGCGAGCAACCCUUGCCAAAAAGUAUGGAGGAAAAGUUUGUGGCUAAAGCUCUAGAAGCGCCGGUGGUGGGUAUAAAAAGAGAGAACACGACGACACUGUCUAUCUCACAGCAGACGGAAACACAAGCACAAUCAGAGACCCCAGCGUCAACUUCAACAGCAUCGACCCCCAAACCCGAGUCUGUCGAAAGCCAAUCUUCUACCUCAUCCACAGAAACGACUACAACCCUCGUAUCGGAAGUAUCUACAACUGCCACCUCAGUCGUCGAGGAGUUGAUAGCCACUACUACCACCACAGAAAUAAUACCGUCACUCGGCGCCUCUCCAGAAAUCAUAAAACUACAACGCCUACGCACGGCCUUCAACUUCAUCUGCUCAUGCUACAUUACCCCAUCACAAGUCACACAAUUACAGACCAAGCUUAAAGAACAGACACCCCCAGCAGUCGACUUUGCGCCUCUAGACACCUACCUAGAGGGUAUCAGCAAGCUACGACAGGAGCUAGCCGCGGCGCGCAGCGUGGGCGACUAUUCGCGAAAGCGCGUACUAGACGAGGAGGAAGUAGCAGACCGCGCCGAGAAGAAGCGCCGGAAAGAAGAAGACGAGAAGCGAAAGAAAGCCGGCGAGAGCAGAGGCGUGAGAGAUCUAAAAAAGGUGAAUACGGUGGGGAUGAAGAAGAUGAGUGAUUUCUUCAAGAAAAAGUAG